AUGGCAAGCGACGAGCCUGAAAUUGGCGAUAAAGCCACCUGGAAUUGGAACGGCGCCACCCCCGGUGGUGAGGUCUCAGAAAAGAAGACUGAAGGCGAAGCCGCCGUCACAUCCAAACGAGGCAAUACAAUCAAAAAAGCUGCGAAGCCCGACGACCCUGCCAUCGCGCUCUCCCGCUCCGGCAACGAUGUCGUGAAGAAUCAAUCCGAACUCCAAGUCGAAGAGAAACAUCCAGACAACAAGAACGGAGGUGGUGCUGACACGGCGCCGGGCGGGGAAGAUGGCCCUGACAAAGACGGUGUUGAGCGCCCGGAUCGUAACGACGACGUGAUGGAGACUGACGAGGAAGAGGCGAAAGAGGCCGAGAAAGAGAAGAAGACACCCAAAUCUAAGACACCAAAGGGCAAGGCAGCAAAGGCCUCGACUGCGAGUGCGAGCAAGAAGGGCAAGGCUGACGACGCCGCUGAAGCGCCCAAAGACAAGAAAGCUAAGACUCCUGCAAAGAUCGCUAAGAAAGAAGAACCUGCUCCAGCAACGAAUGGAGUGAAGAAGGGUCGUGGACGGCCAAAGGGCGCUGCGAAGCCCAAAGCCAAACCGGUGCCGACCGCGGCUGGGGAGAGGAAGCCUAGAGGACGGCCAAAGAGUCAGGCUGCCCCAGCGGAGAAGGUGCAGAGUGGACGAGUGGAGAAGAAGGGGAGUGGGAAGAAGGCAGCGAUUGGUGGAGCGAAGAGAGGUAGGAAGCCAAAAGCUUAG